GGGAGGAGCACCCCAUGCGCCCACCCCUCCCGCAUUCUCGCCCUCCUGAUCCGGGCUCCCACCCGUGAGCUUUCUUCUCCUCCUCCCGGCCGUCCUUGCCCGCGCCCGUGGCCCCUGCCGCUGGCACGCGCGGGCCGGCCGAGCAGGACCAGGACGCCACCCGAGGCAUCGAAGUGGAGUCGGGUCGGCUCAUUUCCGUGCCUGCUCCUCCAGCCGAGGGCGCUCUUCCUGAGCGUUUUCCGCAUCCGCCUCAUGAUAUGCACCCCCCCGCUUGCUGCCCCCUCGUUAGCAAGCGCCCGACGAGGCCGGCCUGGCCCGCAGCCAGCCGUCGCUCGAGGACCUGCAGCGCGUGCGUGGCAAGGACAUGCUCGGCGAUGCGGACGCGAGCUGCACCGCCGCCUCCCUCUCGCAGCGGAGCGAGGACGAGCGGAGCUUCAACACGAAGGAGCUGCGGGACUACUACGAGGACGCGUGGCUCACUGCCAGCGAGGAGAGGCGCUACCGCACCAGCGCCACGACGUUUUGCGCCAUGGCCUGGCUGGUGCUGUGCUUCCGCUGCUGGUGCCUCUACAUCGACGGCACCGCGAGCUGCCACGGCAGCAUCAGGUGGCACUGGCGCCUGGGGGAGCUUGCCGGUCUGCUGGCCGUGCUAGCGGCGGUGCACUGCAUGCGCAAGCGGCCCUACGUCGCGGCGUACUGGGCCGUGCUCCUCUCUUUCGCCAUGUACGUCCCGGCGUCGACGGUACCGCCGCUGGAGUUGUCGUGCACCGAGCUGGUGUCGCGGUGCGCUGGGACCUCGGACCCGUACAUGAAGCAGGUCGUGAAGCACCUCGACUGUUCGUUGCAGGGCCAGUCGGCGGAGAUGCUCUUCAUGACAGUGAUAUUGCUGUUCCCCUGGCUGGUUCCCGAGCUGGCCAUGAUGCCCGUCGCCUGUGCCGUGGUGCUCACGAUCUACUUGUCCUGGACGGCCGCCUUUGAGCACUUCAUGGCCGAGGAUGUAUUCGGCAUGUCCCAGGUGGUGAUUCGCACCUCCAUCUUGUGCGUCGCAUUCUCGACGACCUGCGUCUGGAAGUUCUUCAAACAGAAAACCGAACAGCACAUGUUCCUGUGCAACUUGGAGCGGAAGGAGUCGAGCAUGGUCUUGUACUACAUCCUCCGCAACAUGCUGCCGGCGCAUGUCUUGCUGCCCGUUCUCAAGCGCGAGCCAGUGGCGGACAAGGUGCCUUGGGCGACAAUUAUGUUCGUCUUGAUGGAGGACUUCCAGUGUCUGACCCGCAACACCCUCCAGCCGAGCCAGCUCCUGCGCUUUCUGAACCAGGUCUUCAGCGACUUCGACAGCAUCUGCGAGUGCUACGACGUCACGAAGAUCGAGUCCGUCGGCGAGGAGUACGUCUGCGCCGUCGGCCUGGGAGAGGAGGAGAGCAGCAGGGCGGCCGCGCUCGCGCGGCUGUUCCUCGCCGCGGAGCGCAUGUUCCUCGUGGCUGAGCGCGUCCCCAGCCUGCUGCAGGAAGACGUGCGCCUUAGGAUGGGCAUGCACACGGGCCCGCUUGUCGCUGGCGUCAUCGGCAACCGCCUGCCCCGGUACCGCCUCUUCGGGGACACGGUCAACACCGCGGCGCGCAUGAUGCAGAAGGGCCGGCCCGGGAAGCUGCAGUUCGGGGAGGAGACGCGGAGGGACCUGCCCCCGUGCGUGGUCUCGAGCCCGCGGGGCCUGGUGACCAUGAAGGGCAAGGGCGACGUGAUGACGUACGAGUUCGAGCGCAUCGACCACAGCAAGGUCGACCGACCCCAGGACUUCCUGCAGGAAUUUCGGCUCCAGGCGGCGCCCGGCAAGACCGAGCUCGUGCACGUGCUGUUCGAGGCGCAGGCGGGUCAGCUGCAGACGGGCCGGAAGGGCUUCGCCACCCUGGACAUUGGUUGGUGCGUUCCGGUGUGGUCGAAUGUCGGCUCCCAGUCGGGCGCCUCGUCAAGCCUCAGCAGCGACGAGGAGGGCUCUGAUGGGUCGGACGCUAGCACCCAGGACGACGGGGCCGUGGCUACUGCACCUUUUACUGCAUACCAGAAGGGAAUCACGGCGUCCCAUGACAUGAGAAACUUCGACCGCGUCAUCCAACAGUUAACCGAGAAGGAGUCAUCCGCGAUGAGAGCAGCCAUGCGCGGCCGUCUCUUCCUCAGCGAGAAGAGCGAGUUCACAGAGCAAAUGGAGCGUGAUUUUCAGAAGUGGGAUCGUGACAAUGCUAUUCUCAAGAAGGUAGGCCGACGAAUGGCCACGCACAUUGCGCUUUUCGUUGUGUACACGGCAGCAGAGAUCUCCGCCAUCCUUCUCCACACGCACAAAGUGUCUUUGGAAUGUUGGCAUGGGUUGACGUGUUGGCCCCUCUUUCUGUUUUUGAGAAGCUGCGCUUUGUCUAUAAUGUUCUGGCUGGUGGUCAAAGCUAGUCGUGGCCUCUUGGUGAGCGUCGAGCACCCUCAGCUCGUGCUGUUCAUGUCGUACGUCGCCAUCGACCUUCUGAUUGCUGCGUCGUACCAGGUUCUGGUCUCCUGCUUCGAAGAGGAAGCCGACGUCAUAGAUGACGAGACGGCUUUCAAGAAGGCGUACUCCGCGGAAGAGGUAUUCUCUAUAGUGUUCGUGUUGGUACACUUGGUCGUCAUGAACGCUCACUCCUUCAAUUUUUCGUUCUCCGUUGGAUGGAUGUGUGUCACUGUCUUUGUUGCCACUUGCAUUUGUUUGUGGAAUACUGCCGCGUUCUACACAUACGGCAUGGCCUUCUUUUUCAUUGUCAACUCUGUACUGAACACAGUCGCGGCACACGACAAGGAGCAGGGCAAACGCAGAUAUUUCAAGGCGCAGCACCACACCGAGAACACCAGCAGGCGCGUGGGCGAAAUCCUCGAGACGCUGCUGCCCCCGCUCAUCAUCAGGGAGGUCCAGGAGGGCGCAGCCCAGUAUGGCGACGCUGCCACUCGGAGAAAUGCCGUCCGAAACCAGCCGUCCCACUUCUACGAGAGCGCGACGGUGGCGCAGAGCGACCUGGUGGGCUUCACCGCGCUGGCGGGCAGGCGCACCCCCGCGGAGGUGGUCACCAUGCUGGAGGAGAUCUUCGGGCGCUUCGACAGCAUCGCGGAUGAGCUCGGUGUCUGGAAGAUUGAGACGGUCGGCGACGCGUACAUCGCCGCGCAGGCCGGCGCGCCGCUGACCAGGAUGCGCUCACCUUCCGCGGUGGUGCGCUUCGGGGCGGAGAUGGUGCUGGCGGUGCAGCAGUGGUCGGAAAAGAACAGCGUGGUGGUCACCUGCCGCGUCGGCGUCCACCACGGCGAGUGCAUCGGCGGAAUCGUGGGCGUGCAGAUGCAGCGGUACCACCUCUUCGGCGACCUGAUUACCGAGGUCGGGGUGCUGGAGAGCACCGCUCCAGAGAACGUCGUCCAGGUCAGCGGUGCCUGUCGGAAGGCCGUCGUGGACGAGCACGCUCUGCCGCGCACGCCCGCCGAGGAGCCCCUCCCCCCCGUGCUCGCGGCGCUGUCCCAGACUCCGCGCUCCGAGUCCGAGCCCGUGCUGCGGACGUCCAAGGGCGAGGAGUACUCCUACGGCUCGGCGGGCGGCCCCACCUACCUGCUCGGGGGCCCCGCGGCGUUCCUGGCGCUCUGCGCCCCGCGGGCGGGCGGGCGCCCUGCCUCCGCGCCGUGAGGCGCCCCGGGGCACCCCGGUGCCGACGAUGAGGUCGGGUGCGUCCAUCCCUCGUCCGCGUCCUCCCCCCGCUGUUGCAAGAGCCGCCUCCCCAGCGCGGGGUCUUCGCGCCGAGUCGACUCACGAGGACCUGGAGCCCGCUCUGCGCUCCUCCUCCUCCUCCUGCGCGUCCUCCUCCUGCUCCUGCUCCUCCUCCUGGACGGCGGCCCUGCUUGGGUACCCGCCUCCGCACUGGCGAUACCCCUGGCAGGAUGCAGUGCACGGGAUCUCCGCCCGCUCAGGAGUCCCAGGAGCUGCGCAGCACUGCCGAUAGGAAUUGCAUGUAGUAGCACCUUUUGGAGGAGAGCCGGUCGAGAUUACGGCGGACGGCGGCCCCGUCCCGGCAAUCUUCGUGUACUCCUCGCUAGUACUCCUCGCCAUGUGAAAGAUAUCAUUAGAGCACUUCUGGUGAUGGGGCUAUCAGGUCCCCACCAUUUGCUUAGGCGGAUCCAAGUAAUUGCCCAUUUCGCUCACCCAUUGGAGGCUGGAUGUGCCGUCUCAGGGGAGCGAUGCGCGGACCUCACUCACUUUGCUUCUGAGGUGAGCAUCCUGCACUUAGGCUUGCCUUGGUGCCUACAGACCGUGCGUUAUAGACGUUGGAGCUUUAGCUCUGCUUGGGAGGGA